GCUUUGGAGAAAGAAAGACAGCAAAAUAAUUUUUUAAAAUUUAAACUAAAAAGAAACUAUAAAAACAGAAAGGAAAGCAACAAAGAGGGAUUAAAUAAGGAAGAAAAUGAGUGUGUAGAUUUGGCAGAAAAUUGUUUAGAAAAUAAUAUAUUUUGUGGGAUAAAGCCUUACCAAGAAUUAAUGAAAGAAAAUUGUGACUGUACUUGUAAAAUUUAUUUAAAAAAUAAAAAGAAGGAAGAAAAAAUUAAAAGUGGAGAAAAUGAAGAAGAAGGUGGUAGUAGUGAAGAAGAAACAAGUAGUGAAGGGGAAAAUAGUGAAGAAGAAAGUAGUUUAGAAGAGGCGAAAGAGAGUGAAGACGAUAAAGAUAUAAUUAAGAAAACUGAAUGUAGCGAUAAAAGCUUUCGAUGUGAACGUUGGGCCAAACGCGGAUUUUGUGAGAAUCGUCUAUUUAACAAUGAUUUAAAGAAACGUAUUUGUGCUAAUUCAUGCAAUCUUUGUUAA